GGGUACAUACGUAAGGUACGUUCGCAGUCUCGAAUCAGUGAUUUGUGACAUUUGUGACUUCUUGAGUCAGAUUUUACUACUCCYGCAGCGGAGCGGAGCACGCACUACACGCGAAAAGAUUGCUUCGUUUGGACGUCGGUGUGAAUUUGAACGUCAUUACGGUAUUUUGCUGUUUUCAUGCGGGGGUUCGUACGGUAUGGUACCCAAGUACGUUAAAGUAAUAAGUACCGGUAUGUUUGUUGUUUGUUGUUUGUUCGGCUUUGGGAACAUCGUCGUCCUCCAGAUGAAAGAACCACAAGCACAAUCAGAAUCACUAUCGAAUUCCCGUCAAUUCAAUUCAAAUCAAAGCAAAUCCAAUCCAAUCCUACAAAAAACCAACGCUGCCUUAGGCAAAGCAACCAAAUAGGUACUCCACCACCCCCGUCGUACAGUAUCCAAUCGAAAACACAAAAAGAUCCGCAAAAUCACAACAACCACGUACCGUAUGAAUCCGCAACGCACGCGCAACGUUCCUGCUAGGAGGCAAGCCACGCCGAUGGCCGUGCCGGGCACCAACCGCUGUCUCGCUCCGUCUCUGUCCCGGUGGCUGCUCYUUGUGCCGCUGGUGUGUUUGUGUUUCUCCCGUUCCGAUGCCUUCGCACCGGUCCCCCCUUGCGCUCCGGGACACGCGGUGGGUCCGGGAUCCCGCUCGUCCGCUUCUCGGMAUAACAAUGCCAUCCUUGUCCUCCGGGCCAGCAAGCACAAGGACGUCCCGGGCGUAYACGACGACGACUACAACAACAACGACAACGACGAGGAAGAAUUCUUCACGCCGAACAGGACCAGCUCGAGCCCCGGCACCGCUGGGGACCCGAAGACUYCCCUUUCUGCCUCUCCCGGGGGCAGCAACAGCUACAACGACAACUACAACGACAGCUACCUCGACGACCUGACGCCCCCGCCGGUCAACUUUGCCCGCAACUCGAUCCUCUUUUCGGAACAGCCCUCCACCAGGGUCCGGAACAACUCCUCCCUGGACGCCUGGAGGUUCGCGAGAAACCACCUCCCGGCGGCGGUCACCGGGGCCUGGCCCUGGAGGGACCAGGAGGCCCUGGAGCAGCGGCCCCUGGCGGCCCUCUACAACGCCGCCUUUGUGCGCCUCCCGGUCCUGGGGGUGGCGGCCUCGUACCUCUACCAAAAGACGGUGGAGGGACACGACCUGGUGAUGGACUUUGGCUUUGACGCCACCGGGCCACAGGCGAUCCCGCCGGUGGUGGUCCUGGCGGUGCUGGUGCUGAUCCUGCUGUAGAAUUCCGACGGAAUGGAACGGAAUGCGAUGCGAUGGAGGCACGAGCGGACCGUGGUGAAGGUUGCGACUUCAACAAGCCAGGCAGCCAAACCAUGGAGCAACGCAACGCAACGCAACGCAACUGAAUGGAACAACAAUCGAACAACGGCCCCGACCACAAGCGGUUCCAAACUAAAGGAUCGGCAACGCAAUGCAACCGGGGGGAGCUCCCGUUUUCGACACUCGUCCACGGCACGGCACGGCACCUCGUUGGCUGUUCUGUUCGACUCGCACCAAUGGAUCGGGGCUUUGCGGAACAGAAGGGACCCGAACGUCCGCGUCGAGUCUUCCAUAGAACGAAACGACUGGAGUAUAAGUACCCCUCUCGAGAAUAGCCGGCCCGAUCGAUCGAUCUCGCGAUAGGUUGCUUGCUUUGCUUGCUGUCUGUGUUCCUUCCGUUCGAUUGGAGCAUGACCUUUUUGUCGCAGGCGUCCCUUGCCACCGCGAUCCCACCGUCCGUCUUGCUCGGUUUCGGUUCCAAGCUGCAAGGCACGAAACGUGUGGCCACAUUUGCGACUACAUAGCGGUAACUAAUAUUGCGGCAAUGGCAAAAUCCCACCCUCCCACUACUUUUGUGAUCACGCAUCAUAUUGCAUCGUGAUCACGCAUCAUAUUGCAUCAUAACAGUAUAGAAGUCU